CGCGGACUCGGGUUGUCCUGGGUGUGAGUGAUCGCUGGUCGCUUCCUGCGCCCUCCGGCCUUCGCCACUGGGGUCCCCGCGUCUCCCGGCCUCCAGUCGGGAAAGCGCGGGGGCUUUUUGCGGGGUCCUGAGCGCCUGGCGUGGGAGGUGGUCGAGCACAGCCGCCCUCUCCCUUGGUGGCGCGAGGCGGGCUUCGUUUGGCGGAGUCUCGCACGCAGCUCCCCGCAGACCCCGCUAGUGGCAGCUGCAUCACCCGCGGGCCCCGGUGUCAGGGGCUUGAAUAAGGCGAGCUCCAGCUGCGGCCUUUUCUCCAGGCCUGGGCCUACUCCCGGGGCCCUGACUCGCCCUCCUGCGAAACCGCCUUCUUCUAGAGCGCUCGCUCUGUUUACUGGCCUGGAAGGCCUAGGAUAAGUGACAGUGGAGGAAAGAACGGUGCCUUGGGUGGGGUAGGCUGUUUGUCUUCUCUAAAUUCUGGUUGUUAUUCCGGGCUUUCCUACUGUCAGGAGCCAGGCGGAGGAUCCUCCUCUGGUGGUCACUGCUGCUUGGGUCAGCCACCCUAUGCCGGUGACCUGGGGUUUCCACCCACAAACCACUUUCUGGGUUACAAGCUGCCGUACGAAGACUCUUUUUCCCUUCCGACCUCCUGGGGGAAUGCUUGGGCAGGUAGAGGGUCUGGGAUCAUUGGCUUAAUUGAGGUGAUGACAUCCCUGUGCCUGGUUCCAUCCUGGCGACAGGUCUCUCGGCCAGAACAAGUGGAUGCCCACCCACCACUGAGCCUCAUGGGAUUCCUGGGGUGCUGGUGUAUGUCCUUUCAGGAGGUGGUAACAUUUGGCGAUGUGGCUGUGCACUUCUCUCGGGAGGAGUGGCAGUGUCUGGACCCUGGCCAGAGGGCCCUCUACAGGGAAGUGAUGCUGGAGAACCACAGCAGUGUGGCUGGACUAGUUGGGGGAACCCUGAAGGAAGCUUCCAACCAGAGGCCUUGGCUGGCCCAUGGAUCACCUGCUCAUCUCUGUACUGACCGGCACAAAGAGGCAGGAUUCCUAGUUUUCAAGCCUGAGCUGAUCUCCCGGCUGGAGCAGGGAGAGGAGCCAUGGGUCCUUGACCUGCAGGGAGCAGAGGGGACAGAGGCACCAAGGACCUCCAAGACAGAUUCUACGAUUAGGACUGAAAAUGAGCAGUCCUGUGAGGACAUGGACAUCCUAAAAUCGGAAUCCUAUGGGACAGUCAUCAGAAUCUCCCCACAGGACUUUCCUCAGAAUCCUGGCUUUGGAGACGUUUCUGAUUCUGAGGUCUGGUUAGACAGUCAUUUGGGCAGUCCUGGGCUGAGAGAGAUAGGCUCUACCUUCCAGAAUAACUGUUUCAAUGAGGAGACUGUGGUUCCCAAGACCUUCAUCAAGGACGCUGCCCAGGGAUGUAAGGAGCUGGGAAGCAGCAUCCUGGAUUGUCAGCCUCUUGAAAGUCAGAGAGAGAGUGCAGAAGGGACGUCCCAGAGAUGCGAGGGGUGUGGCAAAGGCUUCAGAGCCACUUCAGACAUUGCUCUGCACUGGGAAAUUAAUACACAGAAAAUUAGCAGAUGUCAAGAAUGCCAAAAAAAGUUAUCUGACUGCUUGCAGGGGAAACAUCCAAAUAACUGUCAUGGAGAGAAGCCGUACAAAUGUGCAGAGUGUGGGAAAGUCUUCAGGCUCUGCUCGCAGCUUAAUCAGCAUCAGAGAAUCCACACAGGAGAGAAACCCUUUAAAUGCACUGAGUGUGGAAAAGCCUUCCGCCUGAGCUCAAAACUUAUUCAGCAUCAAAGAAUUCACACUGGGGAGAAGCCCUACAGAUGUGAGGAAUGUGGAAAAGCCUUUGGUCAGAGCUCAAGCCUCAUCCAUCAUCAGAGAAUCCACACAGGAGAGAGGCCCUAUGGUUGUCGUGAAUGUGGGAAAGCCUUCAGUCAGCAGUCGCAGCUGGUCAGACACCAGAGAACUCACACUGGGGAGAGGCCCUACCCUUGCAAGGAGUGUGGGAAGGCCUUCAGCCAGAGCUCCACCCUAGCCCAGCAUCAAAGGAUGCACACUGGGGAGAAGGCUCAAAUUCUAAGAGCCUCAGACAGUCCAAGCCUUGCUGCACAUCAGAGAAUUCACGCUGUAGAGAAACCAUUUAAGUGUGAUGAGUGUGGGAAAGCUUUUAGGUGGAUCUCUCGCCUGAGUCAGCAUCAGCUGAUUCACACUGGAGAGAAGCCUUAUAAAUGCAACAAGUGUACGAAAGCCUUUGGUUGUAGUUCACGACUUAUUCGCCAUCAGAGAACUCACACUGGAGAAAAACCAUUUAAAUGUGAUGAGUGUGGCAAAGGCUUUGUUCAGGGCUCACACCUUAUUCAGCAUCAGCGAAUCCACACUGGAGAGAAACCCUAUGUGUGUAAUGACUGUGGAAAAGCCUUCAGUCAGAGUUCCAGCCUUAUUUACCAUCAGAGAAUCCAUAAAGGAGAGAAGCCCUAUGAAUGCCUCCAGUGCGGAAAAGCCUUCAGCAUGAGCACACAGCUUACAAUACAUCAAAGGGUUCACACUGGAGAGAGGCCCUAUAAAUGUAACGAGUGUGGGAAAGCCUUCAGUCAAAACUCAACCCUUUUCCAGCACCAGAUAAUUCAUGCAGGAGUGAAGCCCUAUGAGUGCAGUGAAUGUGGAAAAGCCUUCAGCCGGAGCUCGUAUCUUAUUGAACACCAGAGAAUACAUACUAGGGCCCAGUGGUUUUACGAGUAUGGGAAUGCCCUGGAAGGGUCCACCUUUGUGAGCCGUAAAAAGGUAAAUACUAUAAAGAAACUGCAUCAGUGUGAAGACUGUGAGAAAAUAUUUAGGUGGCGUUCACACCUAAUUAUACACCAGAGAAUUCACACUGGGGAGAAGCCUUAUAAAUGCAAUGACUGUGGCAAAGCUUUUAAUCGGAGCUCACGGCUUACCCAGCAUCAAAAAAUUCACAUGGGAUAAACCACUUACGUAUAAAUGUGUAUAUAUGUGAAUAAACCUACAGCCUUAACUUACUUAUUUUAUAUGGGAUCAUUUAUACUGACAAACAUGUAGAAUGUUGGUAAAGAUUCAGAAUUACUCUCAAAAAAAUCCAACAUAAGGCCGGGCGUGGUGGUUCACGCCUGUCAUCCCAGCACUUUGGGAGGCCGAGGUGGGUGGAUCACGAGGUCAGGAGAUCAAGACCAUCCUGGCUAACACAGUGAAACCCCGUCUCUACUAAAAUUUAGCUGGGUGUGGUGGCGGGCACCUGUGUUCCCAGCUACUCGGGAGGCUGAGGCAGGAGAAUGGCAUCAACCCUGGAGGCAGAGCUUGCAGUGAGCUGAGAUCGUGCCACUGCGCUUCAGCCUAGGCAACAGAGCGAGACUCCGUCUCAAAAAAAAAA